AUGUCUAGUGAAAAUACCAAACCAGUUAUUGACAAGAAGGAAGAAACCGCUCCAAAGCCACCAUCCUCUGCUGUCUUUUCCAUGUUUGGUGGUAAAAAGGCUGAAAAGCCAGAAACCAAGAAAGACGAAGGAGAAACCAAGGAGGAAACUAAGAAGGAAGGUGAGGAUGCUCCAGAAUCUCCAGACGUCCAUUUUGAACCAGUCGUUCACUUGGAAAAGGUUGAUGUUAAGACCAUGGAAGAAGACGAAGAAGUUCUUUACAAGGUCAGAGCCAAGCUUUUUAGAUUUGAUGCCGAUGCUAAGGAAUGGAAAGAAAGAGGUACUGGUGACUGCAAGUUUUUGAAGAACAAAAAAACUAACAAGGUCAGAAUAUUGAUGAGAAGAGACAAAACUCUAAAGAUUUGUGCUAAUCAUAUCAUCGCUCCAGAAUACACAUUGAAACCCAAUGUUGGUUCCGAUAGAUCAUGGGUUUAUGCUUGUACAGCUGAUAUUGCAGAAGGUGAAGCAGAGGCGUUCACUUUCGCCAUCAGAUUUGGUAGUAAAGAAAAUGCUGACAAAUUCAAAGAAGAGUUUGAAAAAGCCCAAGAAAUCAACAAGAAGGCUUAG